AUGGCGCUGCUGAAAGUCAAAUUUGACCAGAAGAAGCGGGUCAAGUUGGCCCAAGGGCUCUGGCUCAUGAACUGGCUCUCCGUGUUGGCUGGCAUCGUCGUCUUCAGCCUAGGGCUGUUCCUUAAGAUCGAGCUGCGGAAGAGGAGUGAUGUGAUGAAUAAUUCAGAGAGCCAUUUUGUGCCCAACUCCUUGAUAGGGAUGGGGGUGCUGUCCUGCGUCUUCAACUCUCUGGCUGGCAAGAUCUGCUAUGACGCCCUGGACCCGUCCAAGUAUGCCAAGUGGAAGCCCUGGCUGAAGUCGUAUCUGGUCGUCUGUGUCCUCUUCAACAUUGUCCUCUUCCUGGUGGCCCUCUGCUGCUUCCUAAUGCGGGGCUCCCUGGAGAGCACCUUGGCCCAGGGGCUCAAGAAUGGCAUGAAGUACUACCGAGACACAGACACCCCUGGCCGGUGUUUCAUGAAGAAGACCAUCGACCUGCUACAGAUCGAGUUCAAAUGCUGCGGCAACAAUGGCUUUCGAGACUGGUUUGAGAUUCAGUGGAUCAGCAAUCGUUACCUGGACUUCUCCUCCAAAGAAGUCAAAGAUCGCAUCAAGAGCAAUGUGGAUGGGCGAUACCUGGUGGAUGGUGUUCCCUUCAGCUGCUGCAACCCCAACUCGCCACGGCCCUGCAUUCAGUACCAGCUCACCAACAAUUCGGCUCACUACAGCUACGACCACCAGACAGAGGAGCUCAACCUGUGGGUGCGUGGCUGCAGGGCUGCCCUGCUAAACUACUACGGCAGCCUCAUGAACUCCAUGGGCGCCGUCACACUCCUCGUCUGGCUCUUUGAGGUGUCCAUCACAAUUGGCCUACGCUACCUGCACACAGCACUGGAAGGCGUGUCGAACCCCGAAGACCUUGAGUGCGAGAGUGAGGGCUGGCUUCUGGAAAAGAGCGUGUCGGAGACUUGGAAGGCCUUUCUGGAGAGCUUGAAAAAGCUGGGCAAGAGUAACCAGGUGGAAGCCGAGGGUGCAGACACAGGCCAGGCCCCAGAGGCUGGCUGAUGGCCCUGGGCCCCCUCCCCUCCUGAACACUGAGAAGUAGCGGACUCCAAGAAAGCGGAUACCCCACUUAUCCAAUCUGAAUCUCCCAAGGAGGGCAGCCGUCUUACUACAGAGACUCUUUCUGAUGGUGGGAUUUAAAGUUUAGGGUCCCUAAAACUGUUUGGCAAACAUUUGUUGAAUGACUUAAAAUAUUAGUGAAUGAGCCCUGGCUCAGGCCCACUACUUCCCGAUAUGCCCUCAUGGUGGACUCAGGGCGCCUCUCAGUGGAUCACUCUUCAUAGCACAUGAAUUCAGUUCCACCCUGAGGCUACUACUGGCUGCACUGAGGGCAACUCCCCUUUUUAAGAGUUUGCCAUUACAGGCUCCAAGUUGUUUCAUUCUACGUCCAAAGUGUCACUUGGUGCAUAAGCACAGGAGUCUGAAAAAUGUACUGGCCAUGUCGUCAUUCUUCUGUUUUUAAAUGCCAAGACUGACAGGACAGCCAUUCUGUUUGUGUAAUUGUGCAGGGCGGGGGAUAGUUAUACUUUUCUAAGACUAAUGGGCUCUCCAAAGCACUGAGGGCCCACGAGAGGAAUUCUUCAAUCAUGGGGCAAGAGAACUUAAAGACAGGGGAUUAUUUUCCUCACCAAAAACAUAGUUAAAGGCUACUCUUGUGUCACAUCCCCAUGCCCUCGCUUAGUCUGGAGUGAGCUAUGGGCUGAGGAAGUCAGGUUGUUGGCUGUUCCGGCAACAUCACGCCCCUGAAGUGCCAGGUGACCUCCUUUGGCUUGUCUGUGGAAGCACUGGACUAGGUGGCUGCUCUUCACUGGAAGAGGAGUAACAAUGAGACAAGAGUCUACCCUCUGGACACUGGGCCUCUCCUCUCAGACCCACACAGGUGGCCACAACAGCCCACAUGGGUGACACUAAUGGUCCACAGUGGAGGGCAAAGCAUCCUCUGGAAGCUUCUUCCUGUUUCCUUCCCCAGAUACCUAUCCUGCAAAGCAGUAUUUCUGCAAUGCCUCUGUAUUAAAGAUUCUUUGAAACUCAGUCCAUCUUCCUGAGCUAGUGACUCCAAGAGAAAUUUUACCUUCUUUCAGGGAAGAGAGAAAAGGGAAGCUUUUAGGGGAAGGAGAGAACGGCUUCAUUGUUGUGCUGAGUGUUCAGUGGGGAGACAAUAAGACUUUGGGUGCUGCCUGGGGCAUGUUCUGGAGCUCUCAUUCUCCCAGGCAUUAAAACAUUUGGACACUCUUGCUCUUGGGGCACCUGGGUGGCUCAGUCAGUUAAGCAUCCGACUUUGGUCAUGAUCUCACGGGUUUGUGAGUUCAAGCCUCGUGUUGGGCUCUGUGCUGACAGCUCAGAGCCUGAAGCCUGCUUCAGAUUCUAUGUCUCCCUCUCUCUCUGCCCCUCCCCCGUUCAGGCUCUGUCUGUGUCUCAAAAAUAUAUAAAUACUAAAAAACAACCACAACAAAAAAACCCCCAAAAAACCAAACCAGAACAAAACAAACAUUUGGACACUCUCAGACUUUGGCCCAGGUUUAAUUUAAUUAGACUUUGGAGUCUCCUUGAGACCAAAGAAUGGUCCACAUUGAAAAUGCUGAGGGAGUCAGCCACCUCUGACAAGGGUCCUGGAACUCUCUCCCCUCGGGAGUGCUGAGAACCAUCGAGAAAGUGCUGCUCUAGGCUCAUGUGUAA